CCCCGAACUUUGUUCGCCCACCCAGCUUCGUUUCCCCUCCUCUCUUGUUCUCCAUUACCAUUGCGCAUCUCAUCCCCACUCCUUUUCGUCCUAGAUCUAGUCUUACGCAUCGACUGGCUGGAUUGCAACUCUCCCUUUGUGUGACAGCAGCCGAAGUUCACCACCAUAUUUCGUCAGACUCGAGUACCGACCGACGGACCGUUGCACCGAACGUUCAUUAUUACCCCACAGUCCCGUUCCCGAGCUGUAGCCCCAUAGAAGGCUUCGCUUCGCUCUUAGCACGUCCCCGGUCUUCAUAUCUACAUCUAUACAGCAAUCAAAGUCAAUCGGAAGCAAUUGCCAAUCCCUUAUGACAUCCUAUCUGCCUUGGUACCUGUCCUACUCCCUCGCAGCAGCGGCCGUGGCGGUGCUCAGUGGCGGAGCACUGCUCUACCACUACCAAUGCGAAAUCAUUUACCCCGCCAACUUUCCAGAGGGCUCAAGAACGCAUGUCGCAAAACCAUCGCAGUACGGUUUACCGUACGAAGAGCUAACGCUGAUCACUCCAGACAGAGUCAAGAUCAAGGCCUAUCUGAUCAAGCACCCUGACGACUCUGUGGCUCGCACGCGACCUACCAUCCUUUAUCUUCAUGCGAAUGCUGGAAAUAUGGGCCAUCGUCUGUCGAUCGCAGAUGUGUUCUACCGGGAGUUUGGAUGCAAUGUCUUCAUGCUGUCCUACCGCGGAUACGGACUGAGCGAAGGAAGUCCGUCUGAGAAGGGACUGAGGAUAGACGCUCAGACCGCACUUGACUACAUCAAGAAACACCCAGUGAUCGCGGAGACGAAGCUGAUUGCAUAUGGUCAAUCCAUUGGGGGCGCUGUUUCGAUCGACAUUGUCGCCAGGAACGAGGAUCAAUUCUCAGGAUUGAUCAUUGAGAACACGUUCUUGAGCCUUCCAAAAGUGAUUCCUCACGUCCUGCCGAUGAUCAGCCGAGUCGCAUUCCUCUGCCACCAGAUCUGGAACUCUGAGCAAAUGAUUCAGCGGAUCAACCGGUCGCCGGUCUUGUUCCUCUCGGGCCGGAAGGACGAACUCAUCCCACCCGCACAUAUGAAGGAGCUCCAUCGGCUCUUGGACACGACCGGAGAAUCCGUCUGGCGCGAAUUCCCAGAUGGUACUCAUAAUGAUACCUGUUUGAAGCCCGGAUACUUUGAGGCAAUCAAGGCUUUUUUGGAUGGUAUCAUGGGGCGCAAAUGAGGCCAAGGGACGAAGUCGGAGGUGAUCGUAAGGAGCGUGUGAAGCGAUCCAUUCAUUGUUUGAAGUACCAUGCGUAGCAAAUUAUCAUAAUAAAAAACGGUAACAAC